AAUUAAGUCUGCGGUAUCUAUGGAGGCUCAAGCUCAAGCUGCUCCUGGAUCUCUCGUUAAAAUUUCACUUCGACUUGGAUCGGAGACGCACUCCGUGACGUCAAAUGAGGGAAUCCUGUCCGAGCAGCUGGUUUCGGCCAAGGAGCAGAGCAUGAGUAUAUUCAAGGAGUACAUCACCAGGCACAACGUCCGGAACGAUGUGCCCGAUGAGCUUGCAGAGAGCUCAUCGGAAGAUGAUGCUGAUAUCAACGAGAAGCCUCAUGUCAAGUCCAAGAAGACGAAGAUAAACUAGUUCUCGUUCUCUUCCAAUGCUGAUUUCUAGAAACAGGUAGGAACAUCGACUGUCAUGAUGAAUUGAUUAUGGUCUUUGGCCUUCGAGAUCGACGAUAGUGUAAUAUGUAGUCUAAUUUAGAAAUUUUCCGUAAAACCGCAAGUUGGACAUUUGGUUCUAUUCUGAUGCUUUUGGUUAUGGAAAGAUUUUCCUCUGUUAGCAGAACGGUACUUGAAAACAGUUUUUCCUCGAUCAGAUUAUAAGAUGGAGACUGUAUCUUGCUUCUGAGAGAUUAUAUCAGACCAAAUAUACAUGAAUUCCAUUAUAUUUCACGAA